ACCUAAAUAAGAUAAAAAUCAAGCAAAAAACUCAGACGGUAUCUUCACAGUCACAAUGGCAGCCACGCAAAGAAUACCUGCCAAAAGCGAUAGACUCCUGGACAUCCCUUGUAAAGUCUGUGGGGACAGAAGCUCGGGCAAACAUUAUGGGAUUUACAGCUGUGAUGGAUGUUCUGGUUUCUUCAAGAGAAGCAUCCACAAAAACCGCGCUUACACGUGCAAGGCGCAGGGGCCGCUCAAAGGUCGGUGCCCAGUCGAUAAGACCCAUCGCAACCAGUGCCGUGCAUGUAGACUGACCAAAUGCUUUGACGCCGAGAUGAACAAAGAAGCCGUUCAACACGAGAGAGGUCCACGAAAACCAAAAGCCAAACCUGGCCAAUUGCUGAUAGAGCCACGCGGCCAGAAUUCACAGGAGCGCCCAAUUGACUUGAGUGUGGCGCCCCCGUGCCGACUCACGCCCCUUCAGUACCCACAUGACGUCACCAUGGCACCAUCCACCAUUUACCAGGAACCCCAGCUCUUCAUGCUUGGCUACGUCAACAGAUGCAGUGACGUCACUCGCCUACAGGGACCUUCGGCGUUUACCCCCAGCCCCCUGACCCAGCCACUGAUGACGUCAUUUCACCAGGAUCUGCUGCAGGAAGUGAUGGCCCGGCUCUUGUUUACUGUCGUCACCUGGGUCAGACACAUCCCUGCGUUUGUCACACUCACCCCAAAUGAUCAGAUUCUGCUGAUGGCGUCAGGCUGGAAAGAGUUGUUCCUCCUAAGUAUUGUUCAGUGGUCGCUGCCCAUAGAGCACCUCCUGGCUAGAGAUGACCUUGCGUCAAGCAGUGCUGACCUUGAAGAAGGCAUCAACGUUUGCGAGAUGAUUGCUAGGCUGCGCGAAGUUUCGCUCGACCCUACGGAGGUCACUUUUCUCAAGGCCAUAGCACUCUUCAAACCAGACGUGAGUGAGCUCCACGACCCCCGCCAUGUUCAGACGGUCCAGGAGCAGGCCCAGCUCAUGCUCAGCAAGCACGUGCAGCUGACCUACCCGCGUCAGAUGAUUCGGUUUGGUCGUCUGCUCAUGCUGCUCUCACGGGUGCAGACGGUCAGUCCAGCCCUGGUCGAGAGGAUUUUCUUCAGAGGUCUCCUAGCCACGCCCACCAUCGAGAAACUCAUCGGCAGCGUUUUACAGGGAGAUUUUUUAUGA